GUGAAUAAUUCAGUUAUUGCCGCAACUUGGAACUGUUAAGACGUGUAGGAACUAUUGGGAAUAUAAAGCCAAAUUAGUGCUCCUCUUUAUUGUCGUUAAGAUAUUUUUGUUUAAAGAAUUAUAACAAAUAAAAGUUAAGCAAAGAAAGUAUUCAAUCUCCAAUACGAGAAAUAUUACAAAUUCAUCAUCUCUCAACGUUUGAAAAAUUUCUAGAGUGCUUUGAAGUUUUCAAAUUCUAGAGGAAAUUGUACACAAGUGGAUUAAAAUACAAAGGAAAAAGCAAUUUAAAGUAUUCCUUUUUGAGAAAUAAGAGAAAAUCAACGAGAAGAAACGUGCAAAAAUAUCAACAAAAAAAAUUAAAAUCUCUUGAAUCUUUUUUUUACAAAAAAAAAAAAAGUAUUCAAGUGCCUGCGUCGUCUUACACACACACCUCACAUUAAAACAGAAAAGUUGUUUCCAAGUACUGAAGGUUCUGGAAGCAGCAAAUAACUCAACAAAAAGAAUAAUACACAUAUCUAGCUGCUACUGUUUCGAGACGGUUUUAAGCUAAACUUUCAAUCAAGAUGACUACCAAAAUGGCCAUUAACGCUAAGGAACUCUUCCGCAACCAACAUCGUUUGAUUCGCUUCAUCGAACAAUCGAUUCGCAUGUGCAGCAAUCAGACAUUGAAACAGCAACAACAACAAAAGACACAAUUGGAAGCCGAUUUCCAAAUCACCAAAUCGAUCACUUCACAAUUGUCCACUGCCGUACCUGAACCCAUUGUCCACGAUGAAGAUGUCGGUCAACAAUUUGCCGCCUCAGCGUUGUCAGUUCGUUUGGCCACACCACAACAGUUGCAACCCAAACCCGACAAUGCCGAAGAAUUGGGCUUUGGUAAACUUUUUACCGAUCACAUGUUGAAAAUCUAUUGGCACAAAAGUUUGGGUGGUUGGCAGAAACCUCAGAUUACGCCGUUGGAGAAUUUAGUUAUGCAUCCGGCGGCUAAAGUGUUGCAUUAUGCUGUGGAGCUUUUCGAAGGCAUGAAAGCUUAUCGCGGUGUCGAUGACAAAAUUCGCAUUUUCCGUCCCAACAUGAAUAUGCAUCGUAUGAACUUGGCUGCGCAACGUUCCGGUUUGCCCACUUUCGAGGGUGAGGAAUUCAUUAAGUGCCUGUCACGAUUGUUGACCAUCGAUUCCGAAUGGGUGCCACACACAGAAGCUGCUAGUUUAUAUAUUCGUCCCACCCUCAUUGGUAUUGAUCCUACCUUGGGUGUUGCCUCCUCCGAUUCCGCCCUCUUGUACGCCAUUCUCAGCCCUGUAGGCAGUUACUUCAAGAGUGAUGAAACCGGCGCCGUUUCUCUGCUGGCUGAUCCCAGCUACACCAGAGCCUGGCCCGGUGGUGCUGGUAAUCGUAAAAUGGGUUCCAACUAUGCCCCCACCAUUAAUGUACAAAAAGAGGCUUCCCGCAAAGGCUUGCAGCAAGUGUUGUGGUUGUAUGGCGAUGAUCAUCAACUGACCGAAGUUGGUACCAUGAACAUUUUCAUGUUGUUCAUCAAUGAGCAAGGAGAAAAAGAAUUAAGAACACCUCCCUUGAAUGGUUUAAUUUUGCCCGGCAUUACCAGAGAUUCAAUCUUAGCCUUGACCCGCCAAUGGGGUAAAUUCAAGGUUUCCGAAGAAACCUUUACCAUGCACAACAUUGUGGAUCUUCUGAAUAAAGGAAGAUUGCUGGAAUUGUUCGGUACUGGUACCGCCUGCGUGGUCAGCCCUGUCAACCGCAUCAGCUAUUUGGGCAAGGAUCUGUACAUACCCACCAUGGAACAAGAGAAGCCCUUACACGAAACCAUCCGCGAAACAUUAAUGGACAUACAGUAUGGCAAAGUGCAACAUCCCUGGUCUGUGGUCAUUGAAUAAGUCGAAUGAAAUCGCCGGACGAAAUUCGUUCGUUUUUUUUUCAAGGAGAGAAAAGAUUUUUCAAUUAUGAAAAUACAAAACUUUUUUUUACCACAAAAACAAAAACAGCAGCAGCAACUUUGUGUAUUAAUAGCUUUUAAUUAGCUAAACACUUAGGCUUAAGACCUUAGGGUAAACUUAGUUAUUUGGAUAGUUUUUUUUUAGAGAGGCGAAAAACAAAAAAUUGCUGUGCCAAUACCAAGGCAGCCAUGAAAAUGAAGGUGAUGACAAUGAAUGAAAUUAGUUGUAAGUUUAAGCUCCAGAAAAAAUGUGACAGAAAAACAAAAAAUUCUCGAAUUUUUAAAGCAUUUAUGAAAAUAAAACAAAAAGUUUAACAUUUUUUACACAAUAAUUGUUAAGUGUAUAAUACCUAUUAUUAAUUAUUAUUUAAUAUUUAGAGUCAACAAAAAGAAAGGCUAGGCAACAUUUUUGUUUUUCGUCCAGCAGUUACUUUUUUUAUUUUCCUUUUUUAAAAUUUAAUUUAUUUAUUUCUUUUCUAAUUUAAAUGUAAUUCUCGUUUAAGUUAGAAACUGUACAUAUAUGCUAUUUUCCUAAGAACGACUUCGAUAUACCAUAUACAUAUAGAAAACAAACCUAUGAUCAUCUCUAAAGUAACAGAAGUAGAAGCUAUCUACGCUAUUAGGAUUAAACAGAACAAGAAUUUUUGCCGCAUACAUUUGAAAUUUUGUAUACAUUCAUACCCUCUCCACCACCCCCACCAACACAAUGUCUCUUCUUUUGUACAUAUAUGAGCAUAUAUAUAUAUACAUAUGACGUACAUACAUAGAUAUGCUAUUAAAUAAUUUAGUUUUUUAUACUCAGGGGCUAUAAUUUGUAUGUUGUGUAUAUUAUAUAUAGAAAAAAAAAAACACAGAAAAAGAAAAAACUCCAUGAAAAGUGAAAAGAACAAAAAAGAGGUUGUCUUCCCUUUGUUAUUUCUCUUGCUAACUCUAUUCGAAAAUAAAUAAUUGAUGGUUUUGAAAACAGAA